AUGGCAAGACCAAUAAGUGUGAUCACCCAGAAACUCAAAGCCUUUUCUGUGGGACUUGAUACUCCUGCUAUGGAUAACAAGAAUUCCGAUGGAAGCGAUCAUUCAGCAGACGAAGCCGGCGAUCAUUUACCAUCCUUAACUGUGAACCAUCAGAAAGUGUUUACUGGAGGAUCAUCUAUGAUUCAAUACGAGGAAGACACGUUGGAAUUCGUCGAUAUGAUGGUUCCAAGUAGUGCGAAAUCUAGAAGAAGAAAAAGUUCUUUGGUCAGAAAGUUCUCUGUUGGUUCAUUCGCAGAUAGUAUCAAAAUCGAGUUAGGGGAAGAAUGUGCCAGCGUUAAUAGUCAUUUUGACGGGGGGAAUGACGGAGAGCUGGUGGUCUUUGCCUCUAAUGAUAUUGACGAAGAAGACGGGUCGAAUGCGAUUUUCAAUCCAAGAAUUUCAGAUUUUGAGCCAUUAAAAGUUUUAGGACAAGGUGCUUAUGGUAAAGUUCUUUUGGUCCGUAAUAAAGAAUCAGGAAAGCUUUUUGCUCAGAAACAGCUUAAGAAAGCGCUGAUAUUGGUGUCUGCAAAAAACCAGUCUUCUUUGAUGAGCAAAAAUAAUGACGAGCAAGUGGACAGUGUCAACAUUGGUAAAAAAAUCGAGCGUACCAUGGCAGAGAGAGAUAUUUUAGCAAGAAUUAAAAACCCAUUUAUUGUGAAAUUGUUUUAUGCUUUGCAAGAUGUAUCCAAGAUUUAUCUUUACCUUGAAUUUGUUCCUGGAGGAGAGCUUUUCCAUCAUUUAUCUUCUAAUAGUAACUUUCUUGAUGAGAAAGCCACCGCUUUUUAUGCGGCAGAAAUGACAUUGGCAUUGAGACAUUUGCAUGAGAUUGGGAUUGUGUACCGGGACUUGAAACCAGAGAAUUGCUUGUUGGAUAGCAGCGGUCAUUUAAUUUUGACGGACUUUGGGUUAUCGAAAAUUAGUACUGAACAAGACUCCAAGUGCAAUAGUAUUAUUGGUACCCCAGAAUACAUGGCACCAGAAGUUUUAAGAGGAGAAGACUAUAGUUUUCUGGUUGAUUGGUGGUCUUUGGGUACGGUGAUUUACGAUAUGUUGAGUGGGAAACCUCCUUUCACUGGCGGUAACCACAAGGCUAUUUGUAACAAGAUUUUGAAAAAUAAAAUCAAGUAUCCAUUCUAUUUUACUAAUGAAUCUAAGGAUUUGUUAAACAAGCUUUUGAAUAAGAAUCCAGAUAAGCGGAUGAAUGUCGAUACCGAUUUUGAAAAGUUCAAGAAAUUGAGAUUCUUCAGAAGCGUUCAGUGGGAAUUAUUAGCGGAUGAAAAUGAAUACAAGAGUGUUAAGGCUCCGAUCUUGCCUCUUAUUACAGAUCCAGUUUUAGCUGAGAAUUUCGAUGAUGAAUUCACCAGCAUGAAGAUCAGUAAUUAUGACAUCAUUCAGACCGAAGGCGACGCCAUCCCAGAUGAUGAAAUUGAUCAUGAGGUCUUCAAAGGAUUUUCAUAUACUGCAAGCAGUAGUUACAUUAAGAAAUUCUUGUGA